AGUGGGGAGAGAUGAGUGUAGAUAAAAGGAGUGCAGAAGGCACGAGGAAGCCACAGUGCUCCGGAUCCUCGAAUCUCCGCUCCUCGAAUCUCCGCUCCUCCACCCAGUUCAGGAACCCGCGACCGCUCGCAGCGCUCUCUUGACCACUAUGAGCCUCCUGUCCAGCCGCGCGGCCCGUGUCCCCGGUCCUUCGAGCUCCUUGUGCGCGCUGUUGGUGCUGCUGCUGCUGACGCCGCCAGGGCCCAUCGCCAGCGCUGGUCCUGUCGCUGCUGUGUUGAGAGAGCUGCGUUGCGUUUGUUUACAGACCACGCAGGGAGUUCACCCCAAAAUGAUCAGCAAUCUGCAAGUGUUCGCCAUAGGCCCGCAGUGCUCCAAGGUGGAAGUGGUAGCCUCCCUGAAGAACGGGAAGGAAAUUUGUCUUGAUCCAGAAGCCCCUUUUCUAAAGAAAGUCAUCCAGAAAAUUUUGGACGGUGGAAACAAGGAAAACUGAUUAAGAGAAAUGAGCACGCAUGGAAAAGUUUCCCAGUCUUCAGCAGAAAAGUUUUCUGGAGGUCUCUGAACCCAGGGAAGACAAGAAGGGAAGAUUUUGUUAUUGUUUGUUUAUUUGGUUUUCCAGUAGUUAGCUUUCUUCCUGGAUUCCUCACUUUGAAGAGUGUGAGGAAAACCUGUUUGCCCCUUAAGCUUUCAGCUCAGCUAAUGAAGUGUUUAGCAUAGUACCUCUGCUAUUUGCUGUUAUUUUAUCUGCUAUGCUAUUGAAGUUUUGGCAAUUCACUAUAGUGUGAGCCAGGAAUCACUGGUUGUUAAUCUUUCAAAGUGUCUUGAAUUGAAGGUGACUAUUAUAUUUCCAAGAAAUAUUCCUUAAGGUAUUAACUGAGAAGGCUGUGGAUUUAAUAUGGAAAUGAUGUUUCAUAAGAAUUCUGUUGAUGGAGAUAUACUGUUAUCUUCAGUUUUUUAAGAAAUAGGAAAUAUUUUAAUGUUUCUUGGGGAAUAUGUUAGAGAAUUUCCUUACUCUUGAUCGUGGGAUACGUUUAAUUAUUUCACUUUAGAAAGCUGAGUGUUUCGCACCUUAUCUGUGUAGAAUAUAUUUCCUUAUUCAGAAUUUCUAAAAGUUUAAGUUCUAUAAGGGCUAAUAUCUUCCUAUAAUUUUAGACAUUCUUUAUCUUUUUAGUAUGGCAAACUGCGAUCAUUUACUUUUAAACUUUGAUUUUACAUGCACUUAUUAACUAUUUUAUUAGGAGUACCAUAAUUCUAGUAACUAAAUAUAUAUUUUAGAUAGAUGAAGAAGCUAGAAAACAGGCAAAUUCCUGACUGCUAGUUUAUAUAGAAAUGUAUUCUUUUAGUUUUUAAAGUAAAGGCAAACUUAACAAUGACUUGUACUCUGAAAGUUUUGGAAACGUAUUCAAACAAUUUGAAUAUAAAUUUAUCAUUUAGUUAUAAAAA